AUGGACACAACACCAUUUCCAAUAGAAGAUCCAAUUUCCCCUCAAAUACCCAAGGUAACAACAACUUUCACAUCAUUUGAAAACGAUCAAUAUAUUCCUACAACCCCUCCACGACCUAAGGUGAAGCCUCAUGAUUUUCACACUUUUGAAAUUAGAUCAAGUCCUCCUAGGCCGUUUCCAAGUGAACAAUUUAUAGAUAAUACAUACGAUGAUUCGUUUUCGUCAGUUGAUUCGCCAAAGCCUAAGGGUCCUCGUGAAAUUUGGGAAUAUGACCCUAUCGCUGCCACGCCGGUGAACUAUUCAGAUCCCAAUAAAGAAAGAACCCCAAUUACUAUAGACAGAGUUAAAUCAAAACAAAGGGGAUAUCAGGAGCUAUCUAGAUCGAAAUCAACACCUUCUGUAAAACCUCCAUAUCCCAUUGAAGAAACACCUCCAUAUCCCAUUGAAGAAAGACCUCCAUAUCCCAUUGAGGAAAACAUUGAUGAAUUGUUAGAUCCCAAUGAUUUUGAAUUUGGAGUUGAUACAUCAACACAAGGAAGGACCAAUAGAAUUAUUCACGAAUCAUUAAACGAUGCAUCCCCAAGAAUAAAUGAAGUCCCCUCACUACCGUCAAGACAACUGCUAUCUAUCGCUCCUGUGACAGGAUAUUCACGUUCUUCAAGUGUAUCACCAAGUCGACAUGGAACCGGUACUUCUAGAAUGUCGUUCAGUAUAUCGGAUCCUUCGUAUAUAACACCACCUGCUACUGAUGUAUACUCACAUUCACCUCUACAGGAUAACUCAUAUAGUCGAUCACCAUCUCCCAGGCGAGGGCAUUUUGGAGGCAGAUCACCAUCCUUACAAGAUUAUUCUUUAAUGAUUGAUAAUUUCGACGAAGGUUAUAACGAAUUUAAUCUUUCAGAAGGGCCCAGUUCGAGAUGGAAUAGUGUCCAUUCUCGAGAGUCUUACUUUGCAGUGACUGAUAAUCCUUUCAUAGAUGAAGAUGAAGAAUUUCAUGAAUUUGAAUCCCCCAUCUCAGAAGAAGAUUUUGAUUAUUCAAUAUUACCAGACUUACCUUCACCGAAAGGGCUGGUGGUUACAACAUUACCCAUACCAACUUUAUCUAUAAAUCGGAAACAUGAAGAAUUGCCUCCAUUACCAUUGGAUUUACCCCAAUUGCCAUUCAAUGCUUCAACAUUAUUAUCUCAACAUUUUCAAACUUGUCAGAAAGUAUGGUCUGUUUCUGAAAUCUUCCAAUGGUGUUUGAGAUUGCAGAUAUGGUCACACGAUCUGUUUAUAUCUAAGCGGGAAUUAAAGAAGGCAUUAGUUAGAUUGAUGGCUUUCCAUAGAAGUGACACUACAUUGGAUAUAAUUACAAGCAAUGCUUCCGUCGUCAUUAAUAAUUUUAUUGAAACCGGUGCUGUGGUAGUUGAUGAAAAUGAGAAAACCAUUGGUGAUAAAGCUGGUAUAACUUUGGAUUCAAGGGUUUAUGUUAGUGGUGUUUUGCCUAAUUUGACCAGAUGCUAUUUUAAUUUCCGUCAUCGUAAAACGGGAGAUUUACCAUUGACAUGUUAUUCUUCCUCAUGUAAUGUGAACCGAAUUAUGAAUUAUGAAGCCAAGAUGAAGAAUACCAACAUUAAAGAAAUUGUCUUGGGAAGAGAUUGGUCUACUCAUUGGCAUUUAACCGCGGAAGAUUUAAGUCAGAUUGAGCAAGGGUUGAAAAAGCAUCAAUCGUAUGUUUUUGAUUUAUUAAGAUAUGAACAAACAUUUCUCCAAAGAGCCCGAUGUUUGGUUGAAGUAGUUGCACCUAAAUUCAUAAAAGCGGUUAAGGAUUUUCUGAACCUGGAUCCCAAUACUAUAACUAAAUUACAAGAUGGAUUAAUCGAUGCUGGAAAUAAAAUUAUCCAGUUCGAUCAAGAGCAUGUAUUUGAACCAUUGUUGAGGAUUCUCAUCGCCGAAGGGAAAUUUAUUAAGAGCAUUGCCGAAAUAUGUAACAUUUUCCAUGAUUGGGCGAUAGAGAUUAAACAAUAUUUAUUGAGAUAUAUGAGUUGUAUGCCUAUAAUUGAAGAAUUGUUAAGGAAUCCACAGUUGAAAUCUUAUGCUGAUUCAAAUAUUGGAAGUAUCAGACUUCUUAAAGAAUUGGAAGUUAACGUUGACAUUUUACUUUUAAGUACGCUUAACUCUAGAUAUCAACAACUCCCGUUACAAUUGGCGGAUGCGACUAAGAAGUUUGAUGAUCAUGAUGAGGAAUUUCAAGCUUCAAAACGAGCCCAGUCAGCUAUUAAGGCGCUUGGGAAGAAGAUUAAUGAACAAAAAAAGUUAGCGGACAAUCUGCACGUUUUAAGAACGAUUAGAAAUCAAUUAGUAUGGAAACCAAAUUUGCAACAAACUAAUUUAAAUUUAAACUCGACGAAUAGAAAAUUUGUCUGCCGUGGGGAUUUGACGAGAAGAGGAGAAAUGAAAAUCACAUCAUGGAUCAAUCAUAUUAUUUUACUUGAUAAUUACAUGAUUAUUACCGAGAGAGCUAAAAACCCCAAACAGAGGGGAUAUUGUUAUAAGAUUAUUGAAGAUCCAAUUCCAAUUGAAUUUUUAAUUGCCGAAGAAAAAAACACCGCAACGCCACAUUCAGCAAAUUCAAUCCCAAGACCACCAUUAAAAACCAAUGUCUCUUCACCAUCAUUGGUUCCAAAUGCAUUAUUGGAUGUUAGUGAUGAUGAACCAAACGUUUUUGCACUUAAGGUCAGAUAUGCCGGAAGGACAAAGCAUACAUUCACAUUUUCAUGUAGGAGUGAAAAAGAAAGAAGCGAGUGGAUAAAAUAUUUUUCAGAGACCAAAACUGCAUUGGCCAACCGAUUAAAAAGCUCCGAACCUUAUGAGGUUAAGUUGGUUUCAAAUACAUGCUUUGCAUACGACCUUGCUAAUAAAGUGGUUAAGUUACCCAUUUGUCCACCUGGUGAUCCAAUAUAUGAUGUUUGUCAAGAAUCAUUGGAAAAAUUGAAUCAGUUGGGGUAUAAGUCAGAUUUAUAUAAUUUCAGUAACUCCAGAAAUCAUCUUGUAUACAGCAAGGUGCAAUGCAUGUAUGGAUUUGAAUACAAGGGACAUACGUAUAAUAUUGUUGGUUUGAUGACUGGAUUAUAUUGCUGUGAAGCCAAAGGAAGAUGGAAGAAGAUUCUUAAUGGAACUGAUUUCACUAAAAUCCAUGUGGAUACAACCAGUGGAAUUGUGAUUGUUUUAGCAGAUAAAUAUUUGAGGUAUUAUUUAUUGCCUCAAUUCCUUGGUGUAUAUGCCGAAAAAAAGUCCGAGCUUACAAGCAUCCCGGUCUCAAAGGAGCCAGUCUUAUUCUUCGCCGUUGGCCAUCAUAAGAAUAUGACUAUGUUGUUUUAUGCCAAAAAGAAGAAUAAUGGAACGACUCAUUUUAAAGUUCUCGCUCCAGAAAGUGAUGGGAAUGGUGUUUUCAGUAGGUUUAAAGAAGAAAGGAAGUUCUAUAUCCAAGCUGAAUGUUAUGGGGUUUCUAUUUUCAAUUCGUCCUUUGCCGUGCAUACUAAUAAAGGUUUUGAAAUUUUGGAUUUAGAUAAAUUAAGACCGCGAACUGUACCAGACUUGCCAUUCGCUGAAACUGACACUAAGAAAAAAGUUGAUCAAUAUGCCAGAAAAUCGGUUACCUCUGCUAGUGCAGGAGUUGAUGUCAUUAGAAAACUUGUGUCUGGGUCUGGCAUGAAACCAUUAGGGAUGUUUAAAUUGAAUAAUAAUAGUGAAUUUUUAUUGGCGUAUAAUGAAUUUGCAAUUUUUAUAAAUAAGCAUGGUAAGUUGUCUAGGUUUUCCAUACUUGGAUUUAAAUUUAAGGCUAAAGCAAUCCAAUUUGUUAAUAAUUAUUUAUUCAUCAUUUGUGAUGAAGUGAUUGAAAUUUGGUCAAUUAGUGAUUUCGUGAAAGGUACGAAUAAAUUAAUGCAGGUCAUUACUGGAAAAGAUAUUAGAUCAAUUUGUGAUGAAGAUAUUGCUAUUUCGAUGGCCAAUCCAAAGGUACCUGGAUUACAAUUGGUGUUUCAAUUGGUAUCAAAGGCAAACUUUUAA